ACGGAGUCGUUCAGCCUUGUUAAUGAAUAGAAAUAAUAAACACACAGAAUCUAACGUGUUGUAAAUCUGACAUCAUGUGUGUUCCCCUUUAACUCGCUCGACGUGAAACGCCGAAGAAGAAACGCGCUUCCGGGUUCGUCUGUGUUUUGACUCCAUGUAUGUGUGGCUGCGUAUGUCGCCUCCUCUCCGCCUCUAGUCCACUUAUCUCCCCAGCACUGCUCUCCUCCAGCGCCGGCAGCGCAAUGGCAGCGGCGGCCCCCAACCCGGAGGACACUACCAGAAGCGGUGGCGGCGGCGGCGGCAGCAGCAGCGGCAGCAGCGGCAGCGGCACACCCAGCGCCCUCGCUGGAGACGGAGACGCGGAAGAGGCCGAGGACUUCAGCUCCUCCUCGCACUGCUCGGAGCUGUCGCGGCGGCAGAACGAGCAGAGGAAGCAGGGCUUGUUCUGCGACGUGACGCUGGCCUUCAGCAGCGGGGCGGCCACCGGGAGCGUCCAGAGCUGCGAGUUCUCUGCCCACAGGUCCGUCCUGGCCGCGGCCACCGACUACUUCACCCCCCUGCUGGGAGGACAGUUCUCCGAGUCUUUGACCGGUCGAGUGGAGAUGAAGGAAUGGAGCUCAGAGCUGGGGCCCGACCCGGAGACUGUGGAGAGCGUCAUCCAGUACAUGUACACCGGGGAAAUACGCGUCAGCACCUGUAAUGUACAUGAAGUGUUGGAGCUAGCUGACAGGUUCCUGCUGCUGCAACUGAAGGAUUUCUGCGGGGAGUUCCUGAAGAAGAAGCUGAGCUUGACCAACUGUGUGGCCGUGCACAGUCUGGCCCACAUGUACACCCUGGACCAGCUGGCUCUGAGGGCUGCAGACAUGAUCCGGCGCAACUUCCACAAGGUAAUCCAGGAUGAGGAGUUUUACACGCUGCCCUUUCACCUGGUCCGUGACUGGCUGUCUGACGCGGAGAUCACUGUGGACUCCGAGGAGGUGCUGUUCGAGGCGGUGGUGAAGUGGGUGCAGAAGAACGCCGAUGACAGAAACCGCUACUUUGAGGAGCUGUUCCGCCUCCUGAGGCUGCCCCAAAUCAAGCCUACCUACCUGACCAGGGUGGUGAAGAAUGAGCGCCUGGUGGCCGCCAACGAGGCCUGUCUCCGGCUGGUGUCCGAGGCAGUGGAGGGCCACGCUAUUCGUUUUGAAAACCUCAAGUCAGCUGAUAUGGAGCUCUGGUCUUCCCACAUGGCCUCCUUUCAGCCUCGCUUUGGCCAGAACAUGGACGUUAUCAUGGUCGUAGGUGGCGUGUCAGAAGGGGGGGACUACUUGAGCGAGUGCGUCGGCUACUUCAUUUACGAGGACCGUUGGGUCAACCUGCCGCACAUCCACAACCACCUGGACGGUCACGCCAUCGCUGCCACAGAGACCCACGUCUACGUAGCCGGUUCUAUGGAGCCAGGCUUUGCCAAGACAGUGGAGCGUUACAAUCCCAAUCGUAACACCUGGGAGCAGGUGAGCAACUUGACCACACGCAAACAUUCCUUUGGCCUCACCUGCAUCAAGGAUAUCCUGUACAGCAUUGGUGGCCAUGGCAACUUCAGUCCAGGUUUCAAAGAUGUCAGUGUGUACGAGCCCGAACAAGACAAGUGGCACAAUCUGGAAUCUGCCCCGAAAAUUCUGCGGGAUGUGAAGGCAGUGAGUGUGGAGGACCGCUAUGUGUAUGUCACGGCACGUACACCUGUCGAUACGGAUAAUGAGGAUGGACUGAAGACGGUGACAACACGUUAUGACACAGAGAGCCGCCAGUGGCAAGAUGUUGACUCCCUGCCUCUUAUUGACAACUACUGCAUCUUCCAGAUGGCUGUGGCCUCCACUAACUUCUACCACACGGCCUCCUGCUGCCCCAAGAGCUACACAGAGCGGGAUGAGGUUGCCAAGCAGAAGAUCAGUGUGCGCAUCUCUGAUGAGAUCCUGGAGAGCCUGCCACCAGAGGUUACCAGCAUCGAGGGUGCUGCCAUCUGCCACUUUGAUGAGGACGUCUUCAUCAUCGGAGGCUGGAAGAACAGCGACGACGUGGACAAGCAGUACCGCAAAGAGGCUUACCGCUACUGUGCCGAGAGGAAGCGCUGGAUGCUGUUGCCGCCCAUGCCCCAGCCUCGCUGCCGAGCCACCGCUUGCCAUGUCCGCAUCCCCUACCGUUUCCUGUACGGCUGCCAGCGUUACCCCAUGCCCCAGAACUUGGCCCGCCAGCGAGAUCGUAUGCAGCAGAUGCAGCAGCUUCACCGACGCACCCUCACCCUGCGCCGGCAGCUCCAGUCGCAGAUUGAGUGUUGAGCAGGUCCACGUCUGCUGCUCCAUCUAAGAACGUCCCGGUUCUGUCUGAAGAUUCACUACAAACCAACCAUCAAGCCAUUCUCUCGCAACCAUCGACCCUCCAUUUGUACAUUGCACGCCGCAGCGGGUCUUUUGUCAUCAUCAGCAUUUCAUGGUUUUAAACUCUGUCCAUCCGCUCUCAUACUGUGUUGUGUAAAUGGCUGAUUUGUAGAAAGCCAUGGAAUAUGCAGGCAGGCAUGUGCCGACCAGCUGGUGGUCUGUGAAGAGGGAUACGCGGAUGUAAACAUGUGAAUAAGAGUGUUAUAUAACAGCCAACAACUAAAUAUCUUUUUGUCAAGUAUGUUUGUAUAGAUGCUGUUUAAUAGUAUAAAGCUGUAUAUGUAAACAUUUAUAUGGAUAUUUUACAUUCCUGUACUUGGAAGGCUAUGUGACAUAAGUAAUUACUGCGUUCCUGCAUUCAGUCCUAAGUCGCUUAAUGAAGUCUCAUUCCACCGUAACACUGUGACAAUCUCCUCAUCAGUCUUACUUAAAUCAUAGUUGCUCUACUAGAAUGGCUCCGCUUGUUGCUGUGCAGCCUGGACAACUAAACAUAAUAUGAUUCCGAGAGGCUGUUGAUCUUUAAGUCCUGUAGACUAGUUUGUUGUUAGAUUGCAGUUUCUCUUCAACUGUACAGAAUCUAUUUCAGUCAUUUCUGUUGCUCUUCUAACACAUGAACACUACAAGUGUCUCUCCAGGUUUCAGAAGCGGUGAAAUGACGAGAGAACUGUCGUGAAAAGAUGUGAUUAAAUCAUUCCUUUGAGUUACCGCAAAACUGAAACAUGAUAGUUGGCCUCUGCAUUAAGCACUAGUUAUUAUCAAUGGCUUUAUCGUUACUUUUGUUUGCACUUUGAAAGUUCAUUAAUUGGUGUGUUCUCAUUCAUUCAAGAAAGGUACAUGGAAAACGUGUAUGUGUGAGUGCAGAGGGUGUGUAUUGUGUAUGAUAUGUGGGGUGUUCAAAUGUCGCCCUGCAGAGAACAGCAAGAGCUUCUCUCGAACUGCACUUUUCGACAUAUAAUUGUUCAAGUCUUACAGAAGCGUAGGGAUUUAGGUUGCCACUGCACUUUGACUUUGCUUGUUUCAUUUGUUUCAUAUCAGACAAGGUGAUUGUAUUUUGAAAAUGUUUUAGCCAUCUUUCAGCCAGUAAAGGUUUGAUUUUGUAUUUGAAAGAAGAAAAAGAAAACAUGUUAUUAUUUGCAGAUUUGUUUCCCUACAUUAAAUGUAUUGCACAACCUUGUGUUCUUGUACUUCAAUACCAGCUGAGUGUAAAUCA